CAAACAUAUAAUAGCAAUCCUAAUUUUCCAAUUUCAUAAAGAAUUAUAGUUCAAAUUUCAAAGUUUAAUUUCAAGAUUUCAACUUUUUGCAGUUCUUUGGCCGUUUCUUAUAUUCGGGUCCAUUGAGAAUUUUUACUCUGUGAACCUGCAAAAUACACGAGAGUCAGAAUAGAAUACAAUAUCCGUGGUGGUUAUCGAUUUAGGUUAUACGCAGAAACGAGGCAAUCAAACUCCCCACAGCAAAAUUAUUAGUAUAAAAUCUGAAAAUAUUCAGACCCACAAAUCUGUUCUUCCCACUAGGGUAUGGUACGUUGCUUGCAGACAGUUGAAUUUGCAGAAACUUCCCAAAAAUUACCAGCGCUGAAUCAUUGCUAGCUUGCUACAGUUCUGGAUAAGUUCAAACUAUCACAUCAUAGAAAGGAAGUGAAUUUCGCUGACUUAAUUCUCUGCUUUUUUAGAAGAAAUUGAGUUGCAGAGACACGCGAUGAAUCACCGCCUUCCGGAUUUCGACAUGGAUGAGGAAUUCAAUGUUCCUCACACCGCCACUUCUUCCUCUGGUUCGACCAGACAUAAUAAGAAGCCUGCAAUGUAAGUUUUAUGCUCUCUAUCCCUGUGAGUUGCGGUGGAAGUCAAUUGGAGGUAGGGGUUUAAUUUGAUUUUGAAUACAGGGAUGAAGAGAAUAUCAUGGAGCUUCUAUGGCAGAACGGUCAAGUCGUUAUGCAUACUCAAAACCAGAGAUCCUAUCAUAAACCAAUCUUCUCCAGCGACGCGGCAAUUCCCGCUGAGCAGCCCGCGGGCAGACAGAUUCGACUGCCGGGAGAAGAAACGUCGGCGGCGAACCAGCAUCUGUUCAUGGAGGAGGAUGAGAUGGCGUCUUGGCUCGACUACCCUCUCGAUGAGCCCUCCUUUGACGACCGUGAUCUCUACUGCUCUGAUCUCCUUUAUCCGCCUUCAGCUACGACGUUCGCUCCUCCCCUGCGCGCCGCCGCCUCCGUCCCUACACGCGAAAUCCGCUCGCCUGUAGCCGAGAUCCGUCAGGCUCGGAUUCAUCUGCCGCCAUCGCAGACCCCACCUGUACCUCUACCCAAACCUCCCGAGGCUCAAGGUGCGCCACGCGUCCAAAACUUUGCCCACUUUGCGCGACUGCAUAGAGGGAGGAUCGAACCGGUGCCGUUGAGUUCGAGCAAGGCGCCGAUAGAAUCGACGAUCGUGGACUCGAGCGAGACCCCUCAUGUGGCAGAAAGUGUGACGCCGGUGUCUGGCGGGAAGUUAAGCGGCACAGUGGACACAGGUUCGUCACCGAGAGGUAAAAGGGAUGAAAAGGUAUCGUGCGAGCAAACGGUAACGUCAUCUCCCGGAGAUUCAGGAGGCAGCGGCAGCCCGGAGCCGCCCCAAAACGCAGCGGUAGAUGACCGGAAGCGUAAGGGAAGAGCAGCCGACGAGACGGAGGGCCACAGUGAGGUAAUUAACCAGUCUCUUAUUCUCGCUCUUUAACCGUUUGGGUGGAAAGUUAGUAAAAUGCGGUUCCGCCACGUGUGUAACUUUGUCCCAAAAAGUAAUUUUACCGGUAACGGUAAAAAUUGGCAAGAUUUGCUACAGUAAUUAAUGCUCUCAUUUCACAUGGCUUGUCUGUCCCUGUUUAUUCAUAUCCUAGUACUAAAUAUUUUUCAUAUUCAAACCCGAUUUUUGUGAUUCAAUUCAACUGUUAGUUUAUUUUUUUAAAUGUACUCCUAGUGUGUUAAUGGUAAAUUAUAAUUUACUUCGCGUAUUUUAAUACGUAGUACUUCCUUCGUCCCAAUUUGUUUUGCAAAGUCAACAAUUUUUGGCCAACCAAUAAUAAAAGUCAACUCUCCCUAUGGAUAAUUAAUUCAAUUUUUAAUAAUUAAAAUUUACAUAUUCAAAAAACUACAUUAAAAUCUCUUCAAAGUUGUAAACUCCAAAUUAGAAAAUAAUUAAAAAUUGACAUCCUAAUUAAGUGAACAAAACGAGACUGUUUGACUAAGAAAAGUCAAAUUUGCAACUCUUUUUGGGACGGAGGUAGUAUAAAGAAACUAGCGUUAUGGCUUUAUGCUUAGUCAAGCUUCAUAAACAGUUAGGGACAAGUUAUAUGGACGGUGGGAGUAAAGCUUUUGAAACGUAUGCAUCAUAAUAUUUGUCUCCAUGCUAUGGCGUCAAUCUAAAUUGGAGCCUCCGUACAGUAGUUAGAGUUGAAAUGGACACAGCCAUAGAACUUGGAUAUUUUGUGUCUGAAACUGCAUGUGAACUUAAUUGCACCCACUUAUAUUUCUGGCAUUUUAUAGGUUGAUUGCAAUCAACACAUCACACUUAUUUGUAACCUUAUUUUGCAAAAUGGUCAUUUUCAUUGGACACAGUUUGUCUCGUCAUGAUUCUUGUUUAACACAAGCAAAUUUAGAAAGGAGUCUCUUUUUGUGGGGAGUAAUGAUCUUUGAAGCUGAAAAUUUGAGAGUCGACCAAGUAAACUUGAUUACACUGGAUCCCAUGUUGCGCUCUGGAUUUUUGGUUUAUGAGUUUUAUCUUCUAGUUUUUGUGUUUCUUUUUACUCAAGCUCUGAUUUAUUUAUUGAAUUGGCAAAGUUUUUCCAUCAUUUGCCAUGGAAAGACUCACUAUUUUUUGGUUUGGAAAUAUCAUGGAAUAAAGCAAAACCGUUCACUAACCUGUCGGUGCUUCUUUGUUAUGAAGCAGCCGUCAGUUCAUGCAAUUUCCGACGUGAUUUUCAUUAUGGGUCAUCCGGAAACAGUCUCUGUGUUUUAGUGCAGAGGUAAGACUGCCUACAUCCGACCCCCUUACCCAGCCGUAGGUGGGAGCCUUUGCGGCACUGGGGUAAUGAUGAUGAUGGUUAAAUUGGCAAAGUCUAUUCCAACACCGUAGCCAACUUUGCCUUUAAACAAACUUGUUCUAUCUUUUUGGAGGGUUCAAAACGCUUGUUCGGCUGGUGGUGCACACUUGAGUAGAGGGCAAUGAUUUUGUGCAAACAUAAGAGAGUGUUGUAUCAUACGGAGAUAUGGACUUAGAGUCUGUUGAUACAAAGAAGGAUGCGCGUGGUUGCCCUUCAACAAAGAGAUCUCGGGCUGCACAGGUCCAUAAUCUCUCAGAAAGGAGGCGGCGUGAUAGGAUUAAUGAAAAGAUGAGGGCCUUGCAAGAACUCAUACCGCGCUGCAACAAGUCAGACAAAGCUUCAAUGUUGGAUGAUGCAAUCGAGUACUUGAAAUCCUUACAAAUGCAAGUGCAAAUGAUGUCCAUGGGAUGUGGCAUGGUCCCAUUGAUGUAUCCCGCCGGUAUGCAGCAGUAUAUGCAAACGAAGAUGGGUAUGAACAUGAUGGGGAUGUGCAUGGAUAUGGGCAUGAGUCGCCCUCCCAUGGUUCCUCCAUAUUCAGUACCACCACCACCACGAACACAUCUACCCGGUUCAUCAAUGCUAACAAAUCCAACUACGGCAGCACAGAUGAACACCCCAAGGUUUCCUAUCCCACCACCAUCAUUCCCAUUUCCUGUACCACCAGAUCCUUCUAGAGUACCCACAUCAGGUUCCAUGUUAACCCCACUUGUCUCCCUUAAUCCUAACCAGCAACAAAUACCAAAUUUUGUAGAUCCAUAUCAACAACUUCUUGGUGUUCACCAGGCACAAGUUAUGUUGCCUCUGAAUCAAACAGUGGAACGUCCUAUUUUAAACAAGCCAAGCAGCGGCAAAGAUCUUGGGAAUUCAGGGAGUCAUGAAUCUUGUGCACCUUGACUGAGAUUUUUAAAAGCAGCAUUUCAUUUGGGAAUAAAUGGUGUGAUGUUUCAAAAUGCUUUGGAAAUAUAAGACUCAUAGGAGACAUGUGUUGAAUGACAAGAAUGAAGAGUGCACAUUAAAGAUGGAGGUCUAUGUAACACACUGUGGUUGACAAUUUUCCAGCACAUCAUUAAUGGGAAUGUCAACUAACCAAAUUUUGCAGAGUAAGAGAAGUAAUAAUGUGAAUGUAGCCUAAAUCUGCUGGCCAGACGGCCAUCAUGUAACUUGUUAUGAAAUUUCCUCUUUUUCAUUGUGGCUUUUAAUACAAUGAUAAGUUGAAGCCUGAAGGUCUGUCAGUCUGUGUAUAUAUUACUACCAUGAUUUUAGUUGAGUUAUCAAAGAAAUCAUUGCCUUCGUGUUUAAAAUAGCCAUAAAACACUUGGGCAUACUGAUUUUUGUUUGCUUCUUGACUCAUUUCUUGUCCUGGUCCCUUCUAUUAAGAAAGUGUACUAAAGUUUAUUUUG